GAAAUAAAAACAGAUUCACAGUCGCAAGGAGACGGAAUGGUGUUUGAGCUCAUCGUCAACAACAUCGUCGGGACGUGACGGAUCGUUGGCUAUCGGACUCUCCGGUGGGAAUAAAAGUCUCUUCCUCCUCCGGUAAGUGUCAGAUCCUGUUUUCGAUAUUUCGUAAUCUGAAGCGAUGUUGAAGCGUAGUGAUAAAGUCAAACCUCCUUACGGAUCUCUCACUCAUCGAUUAGGAGUUACAUUCGUCGCUAUCACUCUCCUAUCACUCGCAGCUCUUUUGUUCUGUCUCGGUGACAAGAAUCACGUCACGAGACAGAUCGUCAAAGACAAACAACACGAGGAGUCGCUGUCUCAUCCAACCGUCGAGAUCCAGAACGGAACUCAAUUAAUUUGGAAGAUUCCGACAAACAAAACACCAAAGGCAGUUCUGUUCAUCGCUCACGGUUGCCAGAGAAAAGCCUCCGACUUUUGGGACAGAUCACCAUCUUGUCCGGAAUGCACCGGCUUACCAGAGGAUAGAGUUCUUGUCCGCACGGCUCUAUCCAAGAGAUUCGCUGUUAUCACAGUGUCUAGCUCCGCAACUUGCUGGAGUUUCGGGAAGGAGAAAAAGCUUGUCGGAGAUUUGAUCAAAACGUGGGUUAAGAAGCACGAUCUGGAGAAGCUUCCUCUCGUCGCGUUGGGAGCUUCCUCAGGCGGGUACUUCGUCUCCGCUCUCGCGAUGGAUAUGGAGUUUAGUAGCAUCGUGCUUAUGAUCGCGGAAGGAGUGUUUGAUCGGAUUAGGGUUAGUAAACGUUACCCGCCGACUCUUUUCGUGCACAUGCCUAAAGAUGUGCAUAGGCAGCAGAAGAUUAGAGAGUUUCUAGAAGGGUUGAGGAUGGAAGGGGUUGAUGCUGCGGAGAUCGAGUGUUUGGAUUUGCCGAUGUCUCCGGGGUUUUUGGCGGAUAGGAUUCCUGGUUUUGAUCGUGGUGUGUCGGGUAAAGUGUUCGAGGUGUUUCGAAAGAAGGGGUUUGUUGAUGAGAAAGGGUACAUGAAGCGUGACGGGAGGAGAACGCCGUGGAGACAAGCUCUUAGUGGGUACAAGAUAUCGCUGGAAGAGAGUUUGGUCACUCCUGUUGAAGAGGAGCUGAAUCUUGCGUAUGCGUAUCAUGAAAUGACGAGUUUGCAGUCUGAACAGAUCUUUAACUGGUUUGAAUCGCAUAUGGGGUGAAUGGCUGUUAGAUUAUCAUGAUCAAGACACUAUAUCUGACUCCAAUGGAACAUGUCUAGUCUCUGGUGAGAAGAUAGUUUUGUCAGUACCGUAGCUAGCAUAAGGUGAGUUGCUUUUUGGUCCUCUGUUGUCGUUUAUCUAAGACCACUAAGUCUGUUGUUGACUAUUAUGGUUCUUGAAUCUGUAACAAGAACUCCACAUAUAAGAAUGUUGGAUGCUAUUUACCAAGCACUUGUGAGCGGUAAUUUUGUGGCAUAAUCUAAAGCAAAGCUAGACUUACUGGGUG